GUGGUUGUGGAUGUGGUCGUUACUGCGGUUGUUGUCGUUGUUGUUGUGGUCGGUGUUGGUGUCGUCGUCGAUGUUGUUGUUUUUGUUGUCGUCGUCGGAGUUGCUGUUGUUGUCUCUGUUGGCGUUGUAGUCGUCGGUGUGGUUGUUGUCGUCGGUGUUGCCGUCGUCGUCGGGGUUGCUGUUGUUGUCUGUGUUGGUGUUGUCGUCGGUUUUGGCGUCCCCGUCGUCGUUGUCAGUGUUGUUGUUGUCGUCGAUGUGGUUGUUGUGGUCGGUGUUGGUGUCGUCGUCGUCGCAGUUGUCGUUUUUGUUGGCAUCGAUUUUGCUGUCAUCGUCGUCGUCGGUGUUGUUGUUGUUGUUGUUGUCGUCGUUGCUGUUGUUGUGUGUGUUGGUGUUGUCAUCGGUGUUGGCGUCGCCGUCGUUGUCGUUGGUGUUGUUGUUGUUGUCGUCGUCGGUGUGGUUGUUGUGGUCGGUGUUGCUGCUAUUGUGGAAUUUUCAGAAGAUCCGUUGAAGGAAAUGUUGAGAAAUUUAGGCUCUGGUGAGUUGUAG